CCUGACCCUGUAACCUCUGCGCUGAGGCUCGUAUUUCGGCUGGCUGUGGACCUGCGGCCUCUGCGUCCUUCUAUCUGUAGUGGGCUGAUAGGGAAGGACGCCAACCCUCACAAGGCGCAUGCGCCGUCCUCCCCUCCCGCGUCCGUAGGGUCAGAGGUCACGGGGAAUGUCGGAGAAGGUGGUGGGUUGGGCGCCUGAAGCUGAAGUCUGGUCUUCAACUGGGUCCGCUAGAGGUCACCGUCUUGGUGGGGGUGGGGGUGUCUUCUGGGCCCUGUGCCAUCCCAUUGGCGUGUGCGAAUGCCCUAAUUCUCAGGAUCUCCCUGGUCUGCAGAUGCGCUGCCUGACCACAACCAUGCUGCUGAGGGCUCUGGCCCAUCCUGCACGCACAGGAUAUCCCAGUGGCCGGAGUCUCCACAGCAGUGCAGUGACAGCGACCUAUAAGUACGUAAACAUUCAGGAGGAAGGGAUGGACAUGAGGUCAUUGACCGACCAGGCAGCUCGAACCCUGAUGUGGACUGAACUCAUUAGAGGCCUGGGCAUGACCCUGAGCUACUUGUUCCGGGAGCCGGCCACCAUCAACUACCCAUUUGAGAAGGGCCCGCUGAGCCCACGCUUCCGUGGGGAGCAUGCGCUGCGCCGUUACCCAUCUGGGGAGGAACGCUGCAUCGCCUGCAAGCUCUGCGAGGCCAUCUGCCCAGCCCAGGCCAUCACCAUUGAAGCAGAACCAAGGGCCGAUGGUAGCCGCAGGACUACCCGCUAUGACAUCGACAUGACCAAGUGUAUCUACUGUGGCUUCUGCCAGGAAGCCUGCCCCGUGGACGCCAUAGUGGAGGGUCCCAACUUUGAGUUCUCCACGGAGACACAUGAGGAGCUGCUGUACAACAAGGAGAAGCUGCUGAACAAUGGGGACAAGUGGGAGGCUGAGAUCUCUGCCAACAUUCAGGCUGACUACCUGUACCGGUGACAUGGCUGCCCGGGCUCGGCCUCCACAGCCUCUGCUGCCUGAUAAAAAGCUCUCACCCCGA